UUAUCUACCUUGCCGGGCCGAAGUGCGUCAAUUAAUUGUUAUGCAACUUCUACUGGGCCAUGCCCAGGCUACACCAAUUCUGAUGGGCUAGAGUGUUCAGCCUCCCCCAUUCUCAGUCCCAAGCUACAACCCCAAUCUCCAAACCCCUACCUCUGGAACCCUGACCUCGCCGCCGCCCGUCCGCUCGCACCACCGACGCCGGCGAUCCCCACGCCGCCCUGAUCUAGCAUUGGCGACCUCAGCGAUGGCGUCGCCGUCGUCCGAAAAGCGGGGCGAGCUGCCGCCCUCGGAGCACAUCGCCGGCGAGCUGCCCCGCGACGCGCUCUACGACAUCCUGCUGCGUCUCCCGGCGAAGGAUGUAUGCCGCCUCCGCGCCGUCAGCCCCUCGUGGCGCUCUCUCACCCUGGACCCGAUCUUCGUCAAGGCCCACGCGGCCCGCCACCCGGGCCCGCUCCUCGCCACCACCUUCGCCGACGGCGAGUCCCGCGGCGUCAGCAUCGUGGAUCUGCUCUCCGGCGACGUCAUCAAGCGGAUACGCACCUCCGGCCCCGACCUGAGAGUGCCGCGCACGCGCCUCGACCGUGUCUGCCUCGUCGGAGGGCGACACCCUAUGGGCGUGCCUGUCACCCUGCUUGACCCGGCCACGGGUGCUGUCAUCAGCUCGUGGCAAGUCAUCUCCAUGAAGUAUGCCGGUUUGCUGAAGACAAGAAAGGCAUACAUGGACUCAUGCGUUUUUGGGAAAGUCCCCUCCACAGGAGUGUACAAGGCGUUCCGCUUCCUUGAAGUUCGCCCUCUGGUUAGUCCGCAGCAGCUGUGCGAGGUCAUGACUCUCAACGGCCGCAGCGCUGGACGGUGGAGGGCAAGACCAGGACCUCCCGGCCGUGUCUUUUCCGAUCACACGAUGAAAAGCGCGGCCAUCGAUGGGGUCUUGUAUUUCUUGAUGGAUUUUUCUAACAUGUAUCAUUCGAAGGUGACCAUCAAACCAGCCAGUAUAGCUGCAUUCAACCUGAAGACAGAAGAAUGGAUGCCGCCGAUUGAUGGUCCGGGACAAGUCAGCAGCUUAUAUGACGAAGAAGAUGUGCUUCCUGUCUUCGAGGACCCCAGAGCCGUGGGUAUUCUCUCGAUAACCAAUUUGAAUGGGUCCUUAGUGGUGGCGCAGGUUCGUCAUAGUUUACCUCAAUCGAUGGACCUAUGGUUUCUGAUGGAUCGUGAGAAAGGUGUCUGGGUUAAAAAGUACAGCAUAGGUUAUUACCGACGUGAGGAUCAUUUUAGUUAUCCUUUGCUGGUGUUAGAUGACGAGAGGAUUGUCUUUGUGAUGCAAUUAACGGGUCUGCUACAGGUUUAUGAUCCAAAAACAGAAACUUACACAGAUUUGUGGCAGCUGGAAGAUUUCAAGUCUAUGUGUAUUUACACAGGAAAUCUGCUGAGUCAAGAGGCUACAGGUUUUCACUGCUGAGGCCAAGCAUUCUACAAUGUGCAUCAUCCAAAGAGGCGACACUCCUUUUCCUGAUGACGACGUCACGCGCUGCUAAUUUGUUGAUGAAGCCAGUUUGCUCAGUUGUGUUGUGUGAGCCUUCUCGCGAAUCCUUUUACCGUCUGUAGAAUCUACUUUGCUAGUAUGUUUCGCUUGCAUGUGUGGAUGGGCCAUGUGUGACAUUGUCCUGGAGGACUCUUAAUCAUGUAUGCAUCGAAUUGUCAUUUAUCCUUUGUCUUUUCUGAAAACAAGACUGACUGUUUGGCUUUGUGACUCUAAUUUCAAACACAUGAUCUGCAAGUCUUUUUCUUUUGGCAGAUUAUGAAUUUGACAAAUUUUAUAACUUUCUGGACUAGUUCCUAUCUA